AUCGGACGACGCGAACGAAGAGGAAAAGAGAGGAGACGCGACACGCCACCGCGGGAGAGCCAUGGGAGGAGGCGUCAUGCGCACCGCCGCGAAGGUCGGCAUCGCCGGGGGCGCGGCGGCGGCGGCCGCCGGAGGACGCUUCCGCAACGUCGCCCCGGCCUUCGCCACGGCCCCCGCCGCCGAGGCUGCCGCGGCGGCCUCGCUGGUGUCCGCGGCCGGGGAGAUCCCCGCGGCCGCGCCGGCCGGGUCGCACUGGGCGUCCUGGGAGGUGGAUGAUUGGGAGUUCGCUGACUGGAGGGAGGCGGCGGCCUCCGAUGCGGAGGAGGCGGUGGUCGAGAGGCCCAGGCUGGUGUUCGCGCCGCCCUCGUUUGAGGAGGCCGAGGAGGCCACCUCUGAGCUCAAGGACGCUAUAGACAGGGUUUAUUUUUCGGAGACUCCAGUACAAGCUGUUAAGGAACAUGAUCAAGAGCUUAACAAGCUGGGAGCCGAUGCGCUAAUUCCUGCUAUGCCUGGGCAUGUAGUGCAGGCUUUUACAUUGUUAAAAUCAAGCUCAGAGGCUCAGAGUGUUGUUGCCUCGCUUGCAUCAGAUAAAAAUGUAUGGGACGCGGUGCUGAGAAACGAGAAGGUUAUGGAAUUUUAUAGGAGUCACCAGCAAACUCUGGUUAAUACUUUUCCUGAGGAUACUGGCUCUGUAGAGUCGCCGGAAAAAUUUGAAGAGACAUCCACAGACUAUGCAUCCUCUGGGGAACUACCUACUGGCUCAGCUUUACUGGACUUUGUGGACAACGCAAAGAAGACAAUGAUGGAGGUGGUCGAGAACAUAACCAACUUUUUCCAAGAUUUGUUCCACAACACAGCAGAUGCUGAGGCGGGACCGAGCUCAUCCACUAAAAAGGGUAGCUCCCCUUCUUUCGCUGAGCUGGCGGCUGGUGGAUCAUUCAUGGCCCUUGCCAUGGCGGUCAUCCUAGUUGUUCUGUUCAAGAGGGCCUGAGAUAUGCAAGAUCAAGCCAUCUUGGUGCCUAUUGUGCCUUAAAUCUGUCGAAAAUAACUUGUCUGUCGUGUUGUUAAGAACUACGGUUGUAAUGUACAGGGUGUGUCUCCUGCCAUACUGUGUUAGUCGAAGCUUUCGAGUCUUGAGACCAGUAUAAUAAAGACAUGUUACUUA